AUGACUGUUCGCAUGAAUCCAAGACCUUCAUGCCAUCCGCAGGUCAGCUACAGGCUUGCUAAACGCAGACAGAUAUUUGAAUGUCGCCGAAGGACUGCUGAUUGCUCCCUGAUCUUUGCUACAUGCGGAAUAGCACUUAUGAUUGUCGAAAAUGAACUCACCGCCGCGAAAGUCUACAAUACGGGAUCGAUUUCUUCUCACGUGAUCAAAUUUUUUAUCUUGGUGUCAACAUGCCUCCUACUGGGAACGAUUGUGAUAUAUCACGGUCUUGAAAUUAAGAUGUUCAUGAUCGACAACAGUUGUGAAGACUGGCGCUUGGCUGUCGACAUCGGCAGGGUAUGGCGAAUUUGUGUUGAGCUGCUUGUGUGUGCCAUAUGUCCGAUACCGGGUAACUUCGCCGUAGCAUCCGCCAGGCACGCGGAUGACGGCAACGGUACCGACGUGCCCCCGCUGUCGGUAGACGUAUUUCUAUCAAUCGCUAUGUUUGGUCGCCUCUACCUCAUCUUUCGUGCUAUGCUGCUGCACAGCCGACUGUACACAGACACGGCCAGUCGUAGCAUUGGCGCUUUGAACCGAAUCAAAUUCACCACUGGCUUCAUUUUAAAGACUCUGACAACAGCAAGACCAGGAACGGUGCUUCUGGUGUUCACGCUUUGCUUCUGGACGGUCGCCGCCUGGAUUAUGAACCGCGUUGCGGAAUUAUCGUAUGCAAUGGAUGAUUCGAAGAAGCAUCAAAACUAUCUGAAUUCAUUGUGGCUGAUCGCUAUAACGUCGCUGACUGUUGGAUACGGGGAUAUCGUUCCUAGCACCUACUGUGGCCGAACCAUUUCUGGGAUGGCAACUUCUUCGCUAGUUGUAGCAGUUGUUGCUAGAAAGUUGGAGCUUUCAAGAGCGGAAAAGCACGUGAAUAACUUCAUGUUUGAUUCCAAGUUAACAAAACAGGUGCUCAGAUAUACAGUUAGCACUCAAAAAAUGCACUGCGAGAGUUUCAAACACGAUGUAAAAUCGACUCAUUGUCUGUCGUCUUUAAAACAUUUCGCCUUGGUCCUUGGUCUAAAUCAGUCGGUUUCACGAAUCUUUGAAUCACUUUUUGACAAAGUAAACAAAGGUAUUUCUCUCUGA